GUGUAACCGCCCCUGAUGCUCGCGCGAAUCGCCACACUGUACGUGUCCAUAUCAUCAACCUCAAAAUCCCAUCCACACCUAUCAGCAUCCUCAGCCUCCCUAUUACUUCCUCUUCGGGAAAUUCAUCUCUCUCUCUCUCUCUCUCUCUCUCUCUCUCUCGCUCCGAAGGGGGCACUUUUGGACUGGAGUUUCUGCAGAAAUUCUGCUUUUGCAGAUGGCUUGCAGACUUGCAGAUUCCAGAUUCCAUCUUGCGGCAUAUACCAUCUAAAAUUGGGAGCUUUUCUUCACAAAGGGAGCAAACUUCAGCCAUGUUUGUUUCACAAGAAGAAUGCAAGAGUCACACAGGCUGUGGCACUCCCAGUUCCAGCACCCUCAAUAGAUAGUGCAGAGCAAAGAAAGAAAAUAUGUGAGAGCUAUGGCUUUACCCAAAUUGGAGAACCGCUUCCGGAGAAUGUUACCUUGAAGGAUAUCAUUGAUACCCUACCUAAAAAGGUAUUUGAAAUUGACGAUACAAAGGCUUGGAAGUCAGUUUUGAUAUCAGUAACUUCUUAUGCAUUGGGUAUUUUUAUGAUUUCGAAAGCUCCAUGGUACUUGCUCCCUCUGGCUUGGGCGUGGACCGGCACUGCAGUGACUGGGUUUUUUGUGAUAGGACAUGAUUGUGCCCACAAAUCAUUUUCAAAGAACAAAUUAGUGGAAGAUAUUGUUGGGACUCUGGCCUUUUUGCCCCUGAUAUACCCUUAUGAACCAUGGCGCUUUAAACAUGAUAGACAUCAUGCAAAGACAAACAUGUUGUCAGAAGACACUGCUUGGCAUCCUGUUUGGAGGGAAGAGUUCGAUUACUCCCCAGCUUUGCGCAAGGCGAUUAUAUUUGGAUAUGGUCCAUUUCGGCCUUGGAUGUCUAUUGCUCACUGGUUGAUGUGGCACUUCGAUUUGAAAAAGUUCCGACCGAAUGAAAUCAAAAGGGUGAAGAUAAGCUUGGCAUGCGUAUAUGCAUUUAUUGCAUUUGGAUGGCCUUUAAUUGUCUACAAGACGGGGGUAUUGGGAUGGAUAAAGUUCUGGUUGAUGCCAUGGCUGGGGUAUCACUUUUGGAUGAGCACUUUCACGAUGGUCCAUCAUACAGCUCCUCAUAUACCUUUUAAAUCAUCUGACGAGUGGAAUGCUGCCGAGUCCCAGCUAGGCGGGACAGUCCAUUGCAAAUAUCCUCGUUGGAUAGAGAUCCUCUGUCACGAUAUCAAUGUGCACAUCCCGCACCAUAUUUCUCCGAGGAUACCAAGCUACAACCUCCGGGCAGCGCAUCAGUCUCUCCAAGAGAACUGGGGCAAGUAUCUCAACGAAGCAAGCUGGAAUUGGCGAUUAAUGAAGACGAUAAUGACAACAUGUCAUGUCUACAACAAGGAGCAAAACUACAUUCCUUUCGAUGACAUUUCCCCCCAAGAUUCUCAGCCGAUUGCAUUCCUCCGAAAAGUAAUGCCCAACUACGCAUGACUCCGUAGCUUAAAUCUGUAGGUCUACCAUUUGAUUUUCUCUAUUUUUAUUUAAAUUUUUUUUUUUUUUUUUGGCUAAAAUGCUACUGAGCAUUUUCCAAUUUUCUUGCCAAUUUUCUCACUUCUGCUUGUAAUGUCCCUUUCUAAUUGCAUGACUAUAUGAGUCCUUUGAAUUGAAGGAAACUGCUAAUGAAGUUUAUUAUUGCAACUUGCAUUUUAUCUAGUCAA